UCGAGUCGUCUGACUUUUUAAGUGGCGUUGUAUCGUGACCAAUCGACAUGCCGCGUUGUUUCGUAACCGGCUGCAAAAGCGGUUACGAUUCUCAAAGAUCUGCCGAGAAGCGGCACUUCUUCCGGGCGCCUAGAGAUUCCUCGCGUCUUCAAGUGUGGCAGCGUGCGAUUCCACGUCUGGACAAGCAGCUCACAAGUUCUUGCGUUGUGUGCGAUCUCCAUUUCGAGGACAGUGACUUAGUGAAGGAGUUCGUGCACAAUAUAAACGGGGACGUUGUUAUCAUUCCGCGCGACAAUUGGGCGCUCAAGGACGACGCUGUUCCCCGUUUGUUCCCGAACUGCCCUUCAUACCUGUCGAAACCCGCGAGGAAACGUAAGCAUCCAGCUGUGCGGAGGGCACCUCCCGUUAAGGUGCGCAAAAGGCAAGAUGAUGGUGAUGUUACAAGCCCGCGCGAUGAUGGAAGUAACUCCCCUGUGUGUGAACCUGUCGCGUCGCUCUACAGCGAGCUCGUGGAUUUGGCAAAAACAAACCAGAAAAUUGAAGGCUGGUCUCUUGAAGUUGUUGACGCCAGUGUUGUUGUGUACAAGCUGAAAAUGGAAAAUGCUGUGCCUAGGGUUGAUAAGGCUGUUGUAGUGUCUAGGACACUUAAUGUUUCUGUCAGUGCCAAUGGGCGACUAGUGCCGUCCGUAGUGUACGCCAAAAAUGAAAAUGUUGACGUGCAGACACUUGAAGAAUUUAAGAGUUUACUUGGGUAUGUAGAGAAAUUGAAUUUCUGUGAAGGCUGCCCUACGAAGUUGUACCCUUCUAUAUCGAAAAGCUCAGUGGCUACUCAGGAUGGCAACACAUGGCGACGAAACACGUGCGCAACUCUGUCCUUAAAUUCCACGUGCCAUGAAUGCAAGCUGCUAGGCAAGCUGUUUUCGCAGCGCACGAACAGGCAAAAGCAGAGGAAACCUAGGCAGAAGAGCACUCAGGUGAAAACGCUACGGCGCAAGGCUAUUCGUGCUACUUUGAAACGAGAAAAGGCAAGGCAGGAUAUCCUCCUCAUGAAGAAGCAGCUCCGCACACUGUCGGAUUCAAAGAUUAAUGAAGUUCUUCAAAUACUUCCGAAAAAGCAGCAACUUGUGUUCAAAACUGCCUUCAUGGCAGCAAAAGCAAAAUCAAAGCUUGGAAGGCGCUAUGACCAAGAGUGGCUGAUGACGUGUCUCCUCCUUCAAAUCUCCAGUUCGAAGGUAUACAGUUUAAUAUCUGAUAUGCAGUUGCUGCCACUUCCAACUAAAGCACGAUUGCGUCAGAUAAUCAGCGGAAUACCAUGUAAAUAUGGCUACAACCAAGUAGCACUGAGGUGCAUCGAGGAGCACCUAAAUGACAAGAGCCAUCUGAGGCGCUGUGGUGUGCUCCUCGUUGAUGAGAUAAAACUAAAGCAGGCUAUAGCAUUCAACAAAGCCUCCUACAAAAUGGAUGGAUUUGUGGACUAUGGUGAUGAGCAAGCGACAGGCAUGGAUCAGCUCGCGGAUCAUGGGCUAGUACUCAUGUUUGUCCCGCUUUUUGAAGACUGGGUACCACCUAUUGCUACAUUUGCCACCAAAGGAGCUGCACCAGGAAAAGUCCUGUCUGAGCUUGUAAUCAGUGCUGUCAUACAACUCCAUAACCAUGGUGCUUCUGUGCUGGCUGUCAUAAGUGACGGAGCUGGCAAUAACCGCUUCAUGUGGAGCCAGCUCGGAAUAUCUGGAAAAUUGGAUUCUACGUGUCACUUCAUCGAGCACCCCUUGGAACCAUCGCAGAACAUCUAUUUCAUCUGUGAUAUCCCACAUGUCAUCAAGUGCAUCCGAAAUCACCUAAAGAAACACACCUACGGAAUGGCGGGUGAUCAUCAAAUCAAUUUUCAACAUUACGUUACUCUUUAUGAAACAGAGAAGAACAAGCAACUGCGAGUGGUGCCCAAGCUGACAAGAGCUCAUGUGGCUCCCGACAAUCUCUGUAAAAUGAGCGUCUGUCUUGCUACGCAGCUCUUCAGCCGUUCUACAUCAAUUGGAAUCAAAGUGUACCGAGAAGCAAAAGUGCCGGGCUUCGAACACAGCGAAGGAACAGAAGCAUUCACCAAAAUCAUCAAUGACCUUUUUGAUGCCUUGAAUGUCAAGUUGCCGUCCCAAGGAAUCAGGCCUGGCUCGGAAAAAAUACAGGUGAUAAAUCAGCUCGUUAUACUUGCUUUAUCAUGUCUUCUGUUCGUGUUAAAUCUGUUCAAAUUUCUGCAGGUCAUCAAAGAUUUUUUGGCUCUCCUUAAUACGACCGAGAGAAAUACUGUCUGCAAUGGCCUGAAGCUUUUUGCAUCACAGAUGACCACAGAGGCUAUGCGGGUAACUUUGCUGUCAACGCUUGACAUCAUUGAAUACUUGUUUGGCCAGGGUGCUCACUAUAUUUUGACAGCCAAGCUUAACCAAGAUCCUCUAGAGCGUCACUUCGGAUUAGUGCGCUCAUUUGGGGGCGAUGAAUCACAUCCAACAGUAGUCAACUUCACAUAAAUAUUCCGACUUCUGAGUUUGUAUACACCGAUCAAAACAGCUCUGCGCGGGAGCGUGGAAGGUGCACCAAGUGCUGUGCUCGUUGGUGUUCAAGAUACUCUGAGAAGGACGAAAGAAGACGGUAGCUUGAAUAAGGCCAAGUUGCGUGAUCUGAUUGAGGCUAGGAUGCGUGACUUAACCACAGGGCCAGGGGACUCCCACCAGCACGAAGACAGCGACCACGCUGAUUUCAAAGGAGAAGUAGACGAGAGCGUCCUGUACUAUUUGUCAGGAUAUGUGGUUCAUAAAUUCACAAAGACCACCACCUGCUCUUCGUGCAUAGGAGACAUAAGCUCCACUGAGCCAGUUAUAGGCAAAGAUGCUUACCUCACUAUUUACAGAAGCUUCAAGGAAGGAUGUUUGAAACAUCCUUCGAGAAAAAUGCUGCACUUCGUGAAAAUUGUGAACCGCGCAGUUUCACAUUCUUUGAGCGGGGAUCAAGUCACAUCAGACAUCUUUUGGGACGUGCUUGAUGAGCUGGAGAUGGAGAACAUCGAUCGUCUUGGAUGCGUAGAGCAUGAGGCUGCCUUUACAUGUCAGGUGCUCAAUUUUAUUAUAGUUACCAGGAUGCACUUCUACGCUAGGGAUGUGAAUCGCCGCCUUGAAAAUAGCGAGAAAGCAGCCGUGGCAAAUAAAAAGGCCCGUUUGCUGUAGAUAAAUGCGUUAUUCAUGGCCAA